CAUAAAUGGUUAUGAGUAUGUGUUUGCAUGAGCAUAGUAAUUCUGCCACUCACUUAAGACAUAGCAUGUGUUGUGGUCAGAUGGUUGUACCUAGUAAUUUCAAUAAGUAUGGUCGCAUGUGCCUAGAUUCUCAAAUGGUCAGUAGGUAGCAUGUGCUACGUCUCUACCUCAUAUACAAAUGGCCAAUAACAAUAUUUAAUAAUUUAAUCAAGCCUUGGCUUGAUAAACUUGCUGACUAUGUGGUGCAAACCAUGGCCACGUGAUACUUGAAUUAAAUAAGGAGUAAAGAGGUCAGACUUAGCUCAUGAAUUAGCGUAUUUGACCGCUGUAGGAGCUCAAAGCCAUGGUUGAAGACCAGUGCGAGAAUGAUCUGCGUUUUGGUGUUUUGACAGAGGCAGCUUGGAGGUUCGAUUUGGAUCGACUUCUCAACACCCAGAGUGAAGUGAGCUCCUCAACAUCUGAGAUGGUUGGGUCUGAGUAAUGCCUAAGCUGAUCAUGGGUGUCCAGAUCAGAUUUGAAUUGUGUCCGUCAAUCGGGUUUGUCGCAGCUGGGGGUUGGCGGAUGGUGUUUGGCGGUGGCGCCUAGCGGAUGGCGCUGAUCGAUGUUGGGGACCGCUGCAAUUGCAGAUUGCAGGUGAUGUGGUUAGUUGAUGAUCGGGCGAUUCGAUGAUUGUGGAUCGUGAGUGUGCCGAGCAGCAAGUGUAAGUUCACGCUAGCAAGUGUAAGUGUGGCGGAGCUCUGCUAGCGGGGGAUGCCAGCGGUGAUGCUGGUUGGCGGAGCUUUUGCCGGCGGAGGUGGCUAGCGGAAGAGGCUUGGGGUCAGCGGUGGUGGCCGGCGAAGGUUGGUCAGCGGCGCUCUGGCCAUUGACAUUGGUGCUACAGCCUGGCCAUGCAGCAAGCAGAAGGAUGUGGCGGAGUGUCCAGAGGAUUUGGCGGAGCUGUUUAGUGGAGUAACGAACCGGGAGUUCGAAGCCUGGCGAAGGAAGCUUUUCAGCGGAGAAUCCCGGCGGAGGAAGCUUGUCAGCGAAGAAGGCCGGCAGAACUUAGAGCUCAGCGGAGAGUCUGUGGACCUGGAGCUCGGCGGAGCUAGCAAGCGGGGAUUGUCCGGCGGAGGUUGUCCAGCGGAUGCAGGCUAGCGGGGGUGCUGAGAAUUAAGAAGCUUGGCCCUGUCGGAGGCUUCUGGCACUGUUGGCGGAUGGACUCGCUAGCGGACUGCCUCGCUGGCGGAAGACUUGGGUCAGCGGAGCCCUGGCAGCGAUGGGUUUGGUGGAGAACUGUUGGUGUUGGCUCUUUGGCAGAGCUAAAGUUCAGCGGGGGCCUUAAUCUCAGCGGAUACUUGGAGUUUAGCGGAGCUUUGAGAUCACCUGACAGAUUGGCUCUUGAUGGACCAUCGAAACGCUUGUUGCUUGAGAGAGAGCUGCUGGCAGAGGCGUUGUUUGGCGGUAUAUUGGUUCGAAGGGUGAGCUGGAUUGGCUAGCGGUGGCUCAGCGGAGCUUUUUACCGGCGGAAGGCUGGCGGAGCUUCUGCCGCUGAUCAUGCUUAACAGAGGAAGCAGUUGCCGCUGACGGUAAAGCUUGGUUUUUGUUGCUGUUGGUUGCCGUUUGGCGGUGGUAGCCUGGCGGAGGUUGCUGACGACAACAGCUAGCGGAGGAGCGGUACACAGUUCUGCGGGGACGCUGAUGAUGACGGAAAUGCCUCCGGGUGUCCAGAGCAAUUUUCUGGGUGUCCAGAGAAGAUUUGCACCAAUUUUUUUUUUUUUUUUGUAGGUCAGCGUUGACCUUUUUGAGUUGGGCGUUGCAGCCUUGACUGGCGUUGACCGAAUGUUGAUCGGCCCCAAUGGGCGUUGACCAAAUGUUGAUCGGCCCCAAUGGGCGUUGACCAAAUGUUGAUCGGCCCCAAUGGGCGUUGACCAAGCAUUGACCGGCCCAAAUGGGUCAAAGUUCGUGGUAGGUGACGAAGCCUUUGGUGUCGGCUUCCCACAAACGGCGCCAAUGUUAACGUUAGUGACCGAGGGGGUCUCUAGUUAGUUUUAGAGAGAGAGAGAGAGAGAGAGCGACACAAGCGAAGUAUAGUGGUUCGUCUCCCGCCUUAGCGGGAGACUACGUCCACUUGAAUGUUGUACUAGUGUGUUGAGCCUUGCGGCCCAAGCGGAUUACAUGAGUGUAAUGGAGUGGUGUUUAAGUGGGAGGAGGCAUUCCUUUUAUAGGUGAAGGAAUGCUUCUCCUUUACAUGGUUUUCGAUGUGGGACAAGCAAACAACUAUUCUAGUAUAGAAAUGCAUAUUGUGGAUGCAACUUGGCAAGGCCGGAAAGGUGGCUUCCCGGCGACGGAUUUGCAACUUCCGGAUAUCGUAGCGUAGCUUGAACAUAGGGCUACAAGAUGCAAGUAGCGGUUGGGCCUCCCCAUGGCUUGUGGGUGUCCCAAAGAGGGUGUUAAUUAUGCUUGGUGAGAUAGCAAACUAGCCUUGCUAGUAGAGGUAUCUACAACUACUCUCUCCGUUACUGAACCGGAUCCUGAAUUUUCCAAUUACUUGUAUCAAAUCAGAAUGGAAACUGAUGUUUUCUGUCUGGAACCAUAUGUGCUUGACUGGGAAGAACAACUCCGCCCCCUUGGAUCAAGUUCUCAUCUGCUAAUGGUUUUCUUUUUACCUAGUUUGAUGUUUCCAAAGAGGUUGAAUCAAUCAACUGUGGUGGCGGCUAGAUUUGAAACCAACAACCCAUUCAUGGUGCUCCAGAAAUGUGGAAUUCGUCUAGUCUAUGAGCAAGAUGACGGAUGGUAUUAUACCAAAUUAUUUCCUGGGACUAGUACAUUUAAUCUGAAUAAAGAUGUGCACGACACCGUACUAGAGUCUGGCUGGCUUAUUGAAGUGGAUGGAUGUUUCAAAUGGGAGAAAUUCAUUUUGCACUUGCAGGGAGAAAUUCAUUUGUGCUGAGAAAUAAGAUUGAGUCUGUUCUUCCUAGAUACCUUGAGGCAUUAAACCAUUAUUCUGCGACGUAUAAAUUUAACCUCAGAGGAGGCCCCGCGUGGUUUAAGCAUUGGUUUCGUUUCCUUGAUACAAUGCCAGCUGAGUGCUGGGGUUCUUUGCCAACCGAGAUACCUCAGAAUCUAUACAAGAGCAAGAAGUGGAUGGGAUUUGCAAUAUACGCAUCAACUGCAGAGAAAGUGCGGCGACAUCUACUAGAAGAAAACGAAGAGGUCAACUAUCGUGUUUAUCUUCAACUCGGAAUCGGUAAAUCUUUUAAGAGGGUGUCCCGAGAGCUUGAGCACUUCAAGUCAUCAUCAGAAGAACAUCAUCAACUUCUGAUUUUUUACAUACCGCGGGCAGAGAUUCCCGAAGAGUUGUUCACUCAGACUUCAUCAGCAACUGAAAUGGUCAUUUCCUUCAGAAUCGACUCCCCUUAUGUGAAGUUUCAAAUAGGUGGGAUGCGUGUUGUGUACCAGGAAGAUAUGCAAGAGUUUGCUCAGACAAUUAUCAAAUGCAUGGAAAGGGAAGAUUCACUUGAAUUUUAUGAUAAAUUGGUGGUGAAAGAUUUGAUAGCGUUGAUGCGAUCACAAGGUUAUCAUUUAGAGCGGAUUAGUGAUCCAAAAGAACGGGAUUCCGGAACCAGACAGGAGAAAAAGACUGGUCUAACCCUCAACCUGUUCGUUGCGACUUUCGGGGAGCUGAAAUUUCCAAGUGGAAACGGUUCAUAUAUUUCAAGGAAGGCAACUCUACAGAAAUCCAACUGCCUCCUAAUUUGUUCGAUGAUGCUAAUUGGUUGGGGAUUGUUGUAUGUGCUUUUAAUUUGUUGUCCCCCGAAGAUACAAGCAUGAGGCCUAGCACUACUAAUGAUUCAGAGUAUAAGGUGCUUACCUGUCGUCUAGAUUCUGGUAUUGCUUUGGAUAGGUUACAUAAUCUCAUAUUUCAAGAACAAUUCGAGCUGUUGGAAAAUCUGGAAUAUGCAUACAAUACGACUUGGUUCUUAUAUCUACCCCGCGGUGGUAAAUGUUAUAAUGAGUCCUGGAUGCAGUACAAAGUGGCCAAGGCAACUUUUUCGUCAUCCAGGCCAUGCUUAGAAGUGCAUAGUUGUGGCCUUCGUCUAGUAUAUAAGAAGGACGUUGAACUUCUUGUACAGACACUGACCUCCUGCAAUCUACCCUGAACGUUCCACCACUGGCCUGCUUCUCAUGGAGGGUGUGCUGUUACCUCUUGGCAGAAGUACAGAUAUUUGCAUUUAAAGGAGGCAAGGUCUGCAAGCAAGAGUUUCCUGCUAAUUCCUUCGCUAUAAGUUCCUAAUUAAAUAAGACCAAAGUUGUUGAAGGAUGUCGACAUAAUGUGUGCCUCUACAAACUAGGGUUUAGAGUUGUAAUAGGAAUGUGUUCUAGGUAUUCAAUUGUAAUCGGAUUCUAUUACCUUUUUGGUACCUUGUAACUCCCUAUUUAAAGGGCUCCUAUUAUCAAUAAUAAACAAAAUUCCA